AUGAGUACCAGACCCCCUGGAAGUGGGCCCAGCCCCAAUCCCUCGAAAGGACCCGAUCGCAAAGGAUCCGUCAAGAGAGCUAGAGAGUUGCUGGAAGCGGGCGUUCGUCCAACUCGAUCCUCGCCAACAGUCCCAGUCCCGGCGCCUAUGCCCCGGCCUCCCCCUCCUUCAGGAUCUCGACCAUCUGCCGCUGCUAGAAAUCUCGCCCAUCAGACGCAAUGGCCUCUUCCCGAUUCGGGUCUGCCUCCUCGUCCGAUGCAGCCUCAGCCUCUGAAUCCUCAGCACCCUCAACACCCUCAACACCCUCAGCAUCCUAGAUAUCUGAUCCCUCGUGGUCCUCCUCCGUCACGGCCUCCCCGUCCUAGCGAAGUCCCUUCGCAAGUUCCUUCUCCUUCAAUCUACUCGGUACGCAGUGGCGUGGAGUCCGAGACCAGCUCGGUCUAUCCCAUUCUACCAGCUCGUUCUUUCUCGCACCCCAAACCACUCUACAUCCAACACCAGCAGCAACCACGCCCAUCUACGAAUGACGGCCCCGUGAGCCCGACCAGUACUGUGGAUUUGACCCCUCGCAUUUCUAUUGCUACGGAUGAGCUAUUCCACCGCCAAUCGACAGCUUCCGGCUCAUCUUCUGUUCCCGAUGUGCCGCCAAUUCCACUCCCUGAACCACCUUACCCGCAAGAGAGCUCUCGGCAACGUGCUGCAGGUCUUGUACCGCCACCCCAUGUUCGCAAAUCCGCCGUUUCUCCAAUUCCCGAGGAGCUCUCAAACCCCCGUCAGACUCUAGGUUCUCUAGCUUCCAGCCGGGUGAUUCCAUCCAGCUGGGGUUCUGGUCCCCCCGAGUCCGAAAUCCUAGGCGCGUAUCUGGAUGAUGACUCGGAUGAUGAGCACAACAAGCAUCACCACCCAGAAGAGAAUGUUACGCUUGUCCGAAACGCCAGUCUCGGCAAGCGUGGCAAGCCUACUAUGCGCACAAUCAUGAAGUCGAAUCCCAACUCUGAGGUUGAUCCCAUUCCCGACGUGCCAUCCUCCAACCCCCAAGAGGAGCAUGCCCGGCAGCAACCAAUCACCGAGGCAGCUGGCGGUCUUGCAAUCGGCACUGCAGUCAGCCAGGUUCUUCACGCUCCCAGCACGGGGCGCCGGACAUCUGUCUCGACAGGAUCGGAUGAGUCCUGCGUGGACCCUGAGAAACCACGGUUCGCGCAGCAGCACGACCACCCCGCCUUUGAUUCAGCUUUGGAGAAGGAGAUUGAGGUUCUGCCCAAGGCCGCACCGACCAUGAGUGACAAGCGGCCCGGCGGCAAGAAGCCUCCUCGUUUGGACAUGAACGCUGUCCGCGAUGCUGAGGCGCGUGGCAGUUUGUCCAGCCUGUCUGAUCUGAUUCGACGCGCUACCAAGCUAGCCUCUAAUCUUGACCGGGGCAAGACUGCCAGCCGAUGUGAUAUGCUGGCCACAGAUGCCGACUUUAAAGCUGCAUUGGGUGAACCAGGCCGCCGGCGUGGCUCCGGCUCUAUCUCCGAUAUCCUCACCUCCUUCCCACGACCAGGCCUGCAGACGCCAGAAGGUCGCAGCUCAUGGCCAGUAUUCUUCGGUCGAUCCGGUCUGCGCAACGUGGAGCCCCUCCCCUCCAACGACGAUGACCCGAACGCCAAAAAGGCUGCGCGGAAAUGCUGCGGCAUGCCCCGCAAAUGGUUCAUCCUGCUAUGUAUCGUUCUUUUCAUUAUCGUGGUGCUCGCCAUCCUGCUCCCGGUCUUCCUCAUUGCAGUACCGAAUCAGAACCACGGCAACUCGAGUUCCUGCGCGAGCACCAACCCUUGUCAAAACGGCGGCGUGAGCGUGUCCAGUGGCUCGGAGUGCUCAUGCGUGUGCUCGGAUGGGUACACGGGCUCGCAGUGCACUGUGGCUGGUGACAGCAGCUGCGUGACCUCGGAGGUGGCUAAUGGUACGAUUAGCAAGAACGCGACGAUGGGUAGUGACCUGCCAGAUGUGUUCAGUGCGUCGUCGAGUAAAUUCAAUAUCACGCUGGACUCGGUGACUAUCAUGGCUCUGUUCAGCAUGAACAACGUCUCCUGCAAGACUGAGAACGCUCUCGUCACCUUGAACGUUCAGACUAGCAGCAGCAAAACCCGCCGCGCCGUCUCUCUUCCCGUGGACCUGCCCAAGUCCUCAGACGAGGAGGGUACCCCGUCGUCUGCAUUCGACUCAACCGAACCCACUCCAGUUCUGGCUCCACGGUCCGUUGCCACCUCCAACGGAAUCCUCUAUGAUAACAACGGCGCAUCAGCAACCAGUACAACUGGCACCGCGGCUAAGACCACGGCGACGGCUAUCCCCGCCAAAUCGUCCAACACCACCAGCAGCACUAGCAGCAGCGACAGCACCGACACCAGCGUGCCAACGGAGGUCGUCGAGUUCUCCCAGGUAGCAGUUCUGUAUAUCCUGCAGAAGACCGGUUCCUUGACGUCUGCGAUGUGGUCCGAGGGCCAGAUAGAGACGUACCUGGCCGACUCGUAUGCGAAUGCCACGCAUCCAUCGCUGGAGUUGAUGGGAUCGUAUGGAUUGGACUUUGAGAAGAAGACUAUUACGUUGAAGAAUGGGACGGUGGUUAGCUGA